GUUGACAUUUGUGGUUGACAACCUGGAAGUUGUGUGUUCUGUGUUGUGUGUAUUUCUAAUUUUUAUUAGUGUAUAUCUGCCCCUCAUGUACGUUGUAGUUUACUUUUUGGCGCCAUAAAUAUAUGAAAAAGAUAAUUAUAAAUGUCCGAAAUGGAGUCUAAUGUGAAGAAAUACAUCAUUAGUGUUCUCACCUCGUCACCACUUACUAUGACGAUAAAUCAGCUGAGUAAGGACUACAGAAAUAUGCUCGGGGAGGAAAUACCAUACCACAAAUUAGGAUACAAUUCCAUGGAACAUUUCUUGAAAUCUAUCUCUGAUACAGUACAGGUUAAAGGCAGUGGGCCCAUGGCAACUGUACUCCCUGUCAUUUCUGAAAAGUCCAAGCAUAUAAAUGAACUUGUUACAAAUCAAAAGAUAACUAGGAAAAAGACUUCACACAGGCAAUCCUUCCCCAUUCAACAGAGGAAACAUCUCCAAUAUCAAAAACCAGUAAUCACAAAUCCUUACAAACAACCUGGUACACAACCUCAACGCCACAAGAUUUUUUAUCCACCAAGCGAGAGCAGUUCCUCAUAUCAAAGCUAUCCUGAGAAACCAGUCCAAAAACCAGUUGAUGAACCAGUCGAGAGACCCAAUCAGCAACCAGUUCUGAAUACAAGUACACCUGAAAAUCGUGAACGAAAUCCCUCUAAGUUGAAUUUAGCGACAAAUAAAUUGCCCGAGAAGAGCCCAGAUAUUUAUAAGAGGAUUGUUGAUAGUCAUAUGCCAAAAUCUAGCUCAAGUGUUGAAGAAAAGAGUGAUUCGCAAAAUUCCGCUGGCUGUGGCAGAACUAAAAAACUUUUAUUCGAUAGAAUACCGGCUGAGGUAGGCGAUAUUCAAAGCAAUGUCCCUCUACCAAUAAGAGAAAAUCUAAGGUUUUUGAUAGGACAACAUGAAAAUGGGAUAUGGUGUGCAGAUCUUCCCAAACUCUAUAGGUCAAUGUUUUGCAAGGAUAUAAACUAUGAAGAUUUUGGUUAUGCAAGCUUGAGCCAACUUUGCAUAUCGUUACCCUCAAUAUUCCACUAUUGUCGUCCUUCUGAUUCUGAUUUCAGAUUGUAUGAUAGAAACAAACCCUUGCCACCAAGUGCAGAGACAAAAUUCACUGUUGCCAGUUAUACUGUUGGAAGUAAAAAUCUAAAUGAAGGUGAAAUCUGUGCUUUGCCAAAUAUUGAGUGGGACGAUGUGGAGAGCUUUCUGCCAGAAAGCGUAUAUAAACCUGGUAACGAAAUACCUAGAGAGUUUGUACCACCUGAAACAAAGGAGGGCGAUACAAUCAAGAUUGGAGUUGGUGAAGUGUUUGAUUUGUCCAAGUUUUGGGUAUAUUUAGAUGAUGGAAAUUUGGACAAUCUCAUGGAUGAAUUGCAGGAUUUCUAUGCAACAAAUGCCUCACGAUACUCGAUGAAUGAAAGUUUGAUAAGAGAAGGGGUCUACUGUGCAAAAAUUAUUUAUGGAGAGUAUCAUAGGGCAGUCAUUGUUGAUGUUUUACCCGAGGUCAAAGAUAGUAUAAAGGUGUUCUUCAUUGAUUACGGUACGAUGACCAAAGUACCAAUCAAGGACAUCUGUUUCUUACACGAGAGGUUCGCUGAGCUGCCAGCGCAAGCGAUCCGGUGUCGCUUGGCCGACAUUUGCCCGACACAAGAAUGCGUGCCUUGGAGUCAUGACGCCACUGUAACGUUCAGAAACAUGACCAGGGAUCGAACCAUCGAUGCUAAAGUGGCUAGGAUAAACAGGAAGGAACAAAUUCUGGAAGUGUACCUGAUCGACGUCACCAAUCCAUCCAAGCCAUUUUGCAUCAACACAAGAUUGGUAGAACUUGGACUAGCCACAUACCCCGAUCAGGGCAUCCAGAAAUCAAAUGUAGAUAGCGCGUUUAAGCCAUUAGUGAAAUACAUACAUCUAUUUCCCACAUUUUUGGAACUAGAACUGGGAUACGCCCCAUCUACGCAAGAAAUGGACAUUUUGUUUAACUGUGGCGUGCCCACACAUUUUUGUUACCCGCAAUAUUAUUCCAUCGACCGUACGGAUGAAAAACAAAAUAUAAUGGAAACGAUAGAAUUUUACGAAAAGACGUUGAAACGAGGCGUAAAGAGCACUUAUAUCGAUAUGUGUUGUGGCGAAACGAAAGACUUGGACUUGGCUUUCUUCGGAGAACUUCAGGGUGAAAUAGCAGACUUUAUCAAAAACAGUGAUAUGAAUAGUGAGGUUACAGAAGAUGAGGGUUCGGAAGAUAUUUCGAAAAUGUACAAGGAGCUGGAGGACUUGAAGAGAGAAACUGCAGAAAAAGUACAGCAAGAUCUGGCACUUGCUGAGGAUAUCAUGAGGGAGUUAGAUAUUAUAAAAUGUGAGGCAGAAGAGGAUGGCGCUGGACCGUUGGUUUGUGAAUCUGAGGAGAUUGAGGAAGAGAGUUCUGAAUCGACAGUGAAUAGUGCAGAAUUAACAGGCAGUCGUCCCGAGGACCAAGAAGUUUCCGAAAAAACGAAAUUCACGGAUUCGGAGGUAGUUAGUUUACCUGGCGUAGAAGAGGACAUACGAAAUGUUGAUGAAGUGCAUAGUAUUACUGGUAGUAAGAGCACAAAUCCGUUUUUAUCUGGUAUGCAUGAAGAAUCUGAAGAAGACAGUGGGCCGUCGGUGCUGAAUCCGAAUAACCCGUUCUUGUCGUACAUAGUAGGUUCUCGACCAUCAUCUAAUAAUAGUAGUGAGUCUACCUCUUAUGAAAGUUGCGUUGAGGAAGUUACGGUUGAACAAAAAUGGAUGGAUGAAAACAAAGAGGUCACUAUUGAACAGCGGUGGUUGAGCAGUGAUAACGAUGUUGUGCGAUUGGUGGAAUCUGUUUCAAUAACCAAUGCUACGGAUACUUCACAGGCGUCGACGGCAACACCGGAAAAAAGUUGUGGUUGUGCCAUCCAGACAAGCGAGAACGCAACUGGGCCUCUCAUUCCGCAUCAGGGUCCUCCCAUCCCUCCCAGUUUACCUUAUGGGGGUUACCAGCCACCCCAACAUUAUGGAGGUUAUCAACCUUGGUCGACUGCUUCAGAUUGUGCUCCAUUUGGGUACGGUCCCCGCUGUCCAGCACCAAGCUACGGUUAUCCUGACUAUAAUCCCAUGCAACCUUGGAUGAUGCAAAUGCUAUGGAGCAGGAUGCAGUUCAGAUCACAAUACAACCCAGGCAUGGGCCCAGCGUAUCACCAACAAGCUCCAUAUCAUCUGCAAGGAUCAUACCAGCAACAGUACCCGCCUAAAACCUCCCUCCGACCUCCUCCAGGGUUUUAUCCGCCCCUACCUCUCCCAAGUAGACCACCUUCCGUGGAUACCUCAACGCCGACAACUACACCGUGUCCACCACCUUCAGCGCCCUCAAAAGCGAUCGACUUUUACGAAGCUUACAAUCAAAGAUUAAUGCAACAGUUGCACGAUAAUUAAAAUGGGCCUGAGGAGCUGUGACAGGACAUUCUAUUCAGAUCCCUUUUAUUCCUCGUCAGAGCAAACACUAACGCGUUAUCGAUAAGAGAGUAGAAUAGGGUUUUCUUUUGGCGAAACUGGUGUUGCACUGUUAUGUUUAUGUUCUUUUGGUGCGUGCUUUGAAUUAGUUAAUGCAAAAUAUCGCACGAACUGGACGAGCUCGUUCUAGUGUAGUCAACUGGCAACAGUGUCUCAUUUCACAGCUUUGCGAGCAACCAUGCUUUGCAGCCAGCUUUCUCGUGUUUUUUCUCAUUGAGCGUGCACACCACGAAAAACUACGGCCAAUGCUGCUCGUGCUGUAAAAUGACCUCAAAUUUGACGCCUGGAGUACCAGUGGUGCUUUGACAGCGCUGCCAUGUUGUAGGUUUUUUCCUUAGUCGUGGGGAAUUUUUUGAGGAUAUAAUGUUCUGGGGGAGAUCACUCGUUUCGCGCAUAGAAAGCAUCCCCCCAUUCUUUGAAGCAAAACUACCCCUUUCCAUAAUUAACUGUGAUUGGUGGAUUUUUUUUGGGGGAAAAUGUGUCUAACACAUUUGGCGACGCUGUGCUUUGACAGAUCCGCCAUAUGAACACUUUUCUCCUUUUGUAUAUUCUGCAUUUUUAAUCUCUUGUAUCGUCGAUAUCGAUAAAUAUCGAUAUUUUUAGUUGUCGAUAUAUCGAUAUUUAUCGGUUUUCCGAUAUAUCGUUGCAUCCCUAGUCCGGCCACUUGAACCUACCUGCAUGUAUCUGUUUUUUACACCUAAUUUUGAUGAAUGAUAAAUAAUACUAGAGCAUAUUACAGGAGCAUUGCCUCUGCCAGGUAAUCUAUUCUACAAUUAUUUAUCAUUAAAGUUUUAUCAAAAAACAGAAACAUGCAAAUUGAAGUGGGCGGACCUUAGGCUCUUAGGAAAGUGUCUGUCAAAGCAUAGCAUUGCCAAAAGGGUUGGACAGAAUUUUUGAAUCUGUCAGAAUUGCUAAUUUUCAAAAAAAAAUACCCGAAUCAAAGGUAAUUGAUGGAAAGGGGUAUGUUUGGUUCAAAGAGCGCAGGAGUGCUUUCCAUCUGCGAAACGUGUGAUUUAAACCAGAACAGUAUAUCCCCAAAAGAUUGUGGAAAUCCUCCAAAUUUGGGGAAGAUCCCCCAACAUGGCAACCCUGUCAAAGCACCACAGGUGCUCCAGGCGUCAUGUUUCGCGGUCGUUUUUAUAGCACGGACAGUAUUGCCGUAGUUUCUCCUGGUAUAUCGGCUUCACGGACAAGAAAUUAAAGAACACUUUUCAUUGGGAGAUGACGGUACGAGACAGGAAAUGAUAACGUUCUAUGUCCUCUUCGGGACAAAUUUAGGAUAAACUUGGCAGAGAGUUUCAAACGAGGAAAGAGCACCAGCUUUAUCAGAAGAAAAGGUUAGAGGUAUUUGCAAGUUCAAGGAUCUAGUGUUCACGUGGGGAUAAAUCAGAUUUGAAUUGAGUUUAUGUACGUUGUAUGGUUGAAGCUUAGGUCAAAAGUGAUGGGGCAAUCAGACAGAUAGUUUAUUCAAACAAUAAAAUUAAAGUUAAUUUAUUUGACAUGUUUGGUUGCCGCAUGAUAAAUUUUUUCUUGAAAUGUAGAAAGUCGUGUUCCUUACUGACAUGCUAAUAUUUAAGCAGGUGGUUCUUGGAACAAAAUCAUAUGAAUAUAUAUGUCCUAAAUGUCUUAACCUUCGAUAUACAGACUUUUUUCCGAAAACUUUACCGCCCUAUUUCUCAAAGGUCAAGACGUUUAGGACAUACGGUCAUGUGAAUUUUUUUCUUAAAAGGGGCCCACGACUCAUUUUCUUAAAUAUAAGCAUGCGAUUAAGGAACUACCUGUAUUUAAAAAAAUGUUUCGAUCGUGUUUUAAUAUUGACGAGUAGGUUAACGAAGGUUAAUUCUGAAAAAGAUUGUCACUUUAUAUAUUUGCCCUAAUGCUUUUGAUCAAGGCUGCAUCUAAAGUACUAAUCGCAGUUUGACGAUAUGUGCAUUAUUUUGUACAAUGACUUAUAGAGAUCUCCCUGUUGUGAUGGAAUUAAUUAUGUGUCUUAAUGCAAUCUUCUGUAGCUCUGUUUUGCAUAGAAGCAAAAUUUGUGUUUCCAUGCUUGUUUAUAGUAUAAAAAUUGUUUUCUUUAUGGUUCGUUAAAAAAAGUUAAUUUGCGCCUAUUUUGUAUAUUAUUACUGAAAACUGCUAGUUAUUUAUUUUAGAUCUGUAUGUUCCGCAUCGGUACAUUAUUUUAAGCGUUGAUUUCUUUUGUAUGUGUAAAUACAGUUUUUUUUUGUAUGAUGUAAGUUAGAG